UCAAUUACUUGAGAUUCGCCGUAGUCACAACAACUACUUAACUUACAAAAUGGUUGUGAAGUUCGUCGUAAUCCUUGCUCUGGCGGUAGCUGCCAAUGCCAGCAACAUCAACAGCUUCGCGUACGACGUGGCGGACCCGUUCACCGGCGACUUCAAGAGUCAGGCGGAGACGCGCGUCGGCGACCGCGUGCGCGGCCAGUACUCGCUGCUGGAGUCCGACGGCACCAAGCGUACGGUGGACUACGCCGCCGGAGCAGAGGGCUUCAACGCGCAGGUCCGCAAAGACCCUGCCUUCAUCGCCGCCCCUGCCGUCUACUCCGCUGCCCCUGCCGUCUAUUCCGCCGCCCCUGCCGUCUACUCAGCCGCCCCUGGUGUCUACUCGGCCGCCCCUGGCGUCUACUCCGCUAGCUUAGGCUACUCAGCUCUCCCCUACGGUUAUUCCGCGCUCCCUUACGCCAAGUACUUCUGAACACUGUUAUCUGAUGAUUUUUCAAAGAUGUAAAUAUUGGUUCUGUAAAUAAAAGUUUAUAAAGAUUC